AUGGCCUUUGGAAGCAGCAUGAAUUAUGGUCCUGCUUGCGGAAGAUGCUUUCAAUUAACCCUACUCAAUCCUGUCGUUGCAACCCCACCGUUCUUUCCCGAAGUCGUCAAAUCCAUUGUCAUCAAAAUAACCGAUCUCUGCCCCUUGUCGGAGAGUGGCUGGUGCUCAGGAAGGACAGACAGAACCAACUCCGCUGGUGCUCACCUGAACUUUGAUCUUGCCUAUCCUUCUAAAGCCAUUCCUGACGAUUUCUUCCCUUCGAAUGAGACUCUGUACGGAUACAAGGACUUUGGUGUCUGGAACAUCAGUUACGCGAGUGUAUCAUGUAUACCCGUCUGGGAGGGCUCCAGGAAUGCUGCAGCCCUUGGGAGUGUCAAGGCUCUGGGAACGAGUGCCUGCUGUCCUGCUGACCCGACGCCAGGAAACGUCUCGAACAUCUGUCCUUCUUUCUCUGAUCAGAGCGGCAUCCCGUACGUUCCUACAGGUUCGAUCUAUUCAAUUCGGAUGCUAACCUUGAGGCAUUAG